UGCGUAUGGUACCCAUCAUAAACAAUACAUUAUAGUUUACAUACGAUCUCAAACAUAAAAACACUGUUCAUACAAGAAAAAAGCUGUAUCACACAAACAUGUGUGAUAUAAGUUGUUCGCGAAAACCAUUCGUAUGGGUCCUGCUAGCGGUUCUAGUCCAAGCAGACCCUCAAUUAGAUUUACCUCAAUACGAACCGAAUUCGGGAAUUUAUCCCCAAAAUCCUAGUUUUAUACCAAAUCCGAAUUAUACGCCAGUGAAUCCCUAUGAUUUGCCUCAGAAACCGACCAGGGAUGACGAGGUGUAUAGAGACACUCAGGGUCUGAGUAAAGCUUAUAGGGGUGACGUCGGGAGUUUGCUGCAAGCUUUGGAGUUGCAAGCUUCGCAACAAUGUACGAACAAUGUGGCGGCGCAGUGGAAUUUUGAGACUAAUGUGAAUCAGGCCACGCAACUUGAGGCACUUCAGGCUCAACAAACCUAUUCAGAAUUCCAACAUGGCAUUUGGGACUUGCUCAAUCACGCUCAAAAUAUCAACAACAUUCCAGAGGCUCAGACCUAUAGACAGAUCAGAUACUAUUCGGUUAUUGGUCCAGCAGCAUUGUCACCUGACCAAUUGGAUCGAUACAACCGAUUAAUUAACGACAUGCUAGCAAUCUACAAUACUGCCACGAUAUGUAGUUUCAACGACCAUUUCCACUGCGGACUUCGUCUACAACCUGAUCUCAACAAAAUAAUGGCUAAAAGUCGAAACUGGGAUGAACUUCAACAUGUAUGGACUGAAUGGAGACGGCAAACUGGCCAAAAAAUGAAGGAUCUCUACGAGCAAAUGGCCCAAGUAUCAAAUACUGCUGCUAAAUUGAAUAAUUUCACCAAUACUGCUGAUUACUGGUCAUUUCCUUUCGAAUCUCCAGCUCUGGAAAUCGAUUUGGAAGAUGCAUGGAACGAGGUCAAGCCUUUAUACGAGCUUCUACAUGCGUACGCUAGAAGAAGGUUGAGGGAAUAUUAUGGUCCUGAAAGAAUUAAUAGACAAGCGCCAUUGCCAAGCCAUAUUUUAGGAAAUAUGUGGGGUCAAAGCUGGAGUAACAUUUUCGAUAUUACCCAGCCUUAUCCUGGUCAACAUUUUUUGGAUGUUACACCCGAGAUGUUGAAGCAAGGAUAUACGCCAAUCGAUAUGUUUAGAUUAGCAGAAGACUUUUUUGUGUCGCUUAAUUUAACUGCAAUGCCUUUGGACUUUUGGCAAGGCUCUAUUUUCGAAGAACCUGGCGACAGGGUGGUUCUUUGCACUCCUUCGGCAUGGGAUUUUUGUAAUAGGCGCGAUUUUAGAAUCAAGAUGUGCGCAAAUGUAAAAAUGAAGGAUUUGAUCACAGCUCACCAUGAAAUGGCUCAUAUUCAUUAUUUUAUGGCAUAUAAAAAUCAACCGAAGGUUUUCAGAGAUGGAGCAAAUCCUGCAUUUCACGAAGCCAUAGGUGAAGCAAUUGGUCUCUCAGUUGGAACCCCUAAACAUCUCCAAGCAUUAGGCUUAGUACCAGUAUCAGUAGAGGACACUGCUGUUGAAAUAAACUAUCUUUACCAACUGGCACUAGAGAAAGUUGCCUUUCUUCCAUUUGCUUAUGUUAUGGAUAAAUGGAGGUACGACGUUUUUAAAGGAAAAAUUGGCAAAGAAGAGUAUAAUUGCCAUUGGCACAUUUUAAGAGAGCAGUAUCAAGGAAUUAAACCUCCAGUGCUGAGGUCAGAGAUAAAUUUCGACCCUGGUUCCAAGUAUCAUAUUCCGGCCAACAUACCAUAUUUAAGAUACUUCGUAAGCACUAUACUGCAAUUCCAAAUCUAUCGAGCCCUCUGUCAGGCAGCUGGCCAGUACAUUCCCGGAGAUUAUACACAUCAGCUUCAUAAAUGUGAUAUUUACAGGAGCAAAGAAGCUGGAAAUAUACUCAAGCAACUUAUGGAGAAAGGUUCAUCUCAAUCCUGGCGAGAUGUUCUAUUCCAAGCGACAGGAGAAAGUCGAUUAGAUGGCAGCGCUCUCAGAGAAUAUUUCGGUCCAUUAGAAGAUUGGCUCAGAAAUGAGAAUCUCAGAACUGGAGAGUACGUUGGAUGGCUUUACGAUGGCGACUAUUGCAAACAAAGUAUAGAAACUGCAGGGUUGCAAGUUUACGGAGGAUUUUAUAAUGAUUCAAGUAAAUUUUAUAGUAACUUUUUAGCUAUGUUGGCGUGUUUAAUUAUAGUUCUUCGAAUGAGAUAAACCAGACGCAACAAAAAACUUGAUAUUUGUAUUACAUAAACUUAGCUAAAAUUGUCAGUACUGCUAAUCCUUUAAUAUCGAUAAACCAGUUCGAAGCCCUGAAGCUACAAAACAAAAACAUAGGAAAGCCGCCUUUACAUAACGGUAGCGAUCAUUCAUGUUUUGUUACUCUAGUAGCAUACUAAUGUAUGUAUAAAUAAAACGUAUCGGGCACGUAUCCAUUUCAUAUUUAAUGUUUCAUAGUUUUUGCGGAGAAAGUAUUAUUAAAUAAUGUUAGGGAGGUACUGCAUUUCACAGAAAACAGACUAAAAUAGGUACGUAAGUUGAUUUUAAAAGUAAACACAUUUGAAACGAAUUAGGCAAUAAAGACGUUCUAAUUUGAAAGGAUUAUUUUAGAAGUUCUUUGUUUAACGGAUUGUAGAUAUAUUUUUUAAAAUUUUGUAUAAUCUACAUGCAACAAUGAAAUUCGCUCGUUAAAACAGAAUACUUACCGAUGUGUUUAAUAAGUAGUAUGGCUUGAUGUUUCUUUUUUUUUAAAUUAUUGUGUACUUAUAUUACGUGUUUUUUUUUAAUUGUUUACACUUAUUGCUGCGUAACCUGUAACUAGACCAACGUUGUAUAGCAAGUCAAGAAAUUAUUAUUGUAUUAGGUAAUGAAUGUAUUUUUGUAAAUAGUAGGGUAAUAAAAAUGUUUCUUUAAUAAAUAAUA